GGUAUGGAACCAGGCAGCGGUAUGGAACCUGGCAGUGUGGAACCUGGCAGUGUGGAACCAGGCAGCGGUAUGGAACCUGGCAGUGUGGAACCAGGCAGCGGUAUGGAACCUGGCAGUGUGGAACCAGGCAGCGGUAUGGAACCAGGCAGUGUGGAACCAACCAGUAUGGAACCGCUGGAAACGACCAGGGGUGGGGAACCGGCCAGUGUUGACAGUCUGAAGGUUCUGUUUCAGAGCUGUGACUACAUCAUAGUGGAUAAGCACUGGGACAUCCGCAUCGACAGCAAGAUGUGGUACGAGAAACACACAGUCCAGAAACAGCUGGGACUCCGCUUCCCUGAGCUGGCCGACCCCAGGACAUACUAUGGCUUCAGGUUCUGUCAUCAGCUAGAUUUCUCCACCAGUGGGGUUCUGUGUGUGGCUCUGAACAAGGCAGCUGCUGGCCGGGCUUACCACUGCUUUAAAGACCGCAGGGCUACCAAGGCCUACCUAGCACUGGUGCGAGGCUGGGUAGAGGAGGAGACGAUGACUAUAGAUUUCUCCAUCGGUGAAAACACCACAGAGGGAAGAACACACAUGAUGUGUAUCCAAGGAACAGAUGGUUGUGAGAACCCCAAGGCCUGUCAGACCCAGCUCACAGUGUUGGAGUACGGAUCUUACGACGGAGACCCUGUCACCAAAGUGCUGCUGCAGCCUCUCACAGGGCGUACCCACCAGCUGAGGGUCCACUGUGAGGCGGUAGGUCACCCCAUCGUAGGAGACUACACCUACAGCCUGGGAGCAGACAGCGCCCCCUAUCGUAUGAUGCUGCACGCACACCUCCUGCACCUCCCCCUGGAGCCCCUCCCCCUGCAGGCCGCUGCCCCUGACCCCUUCACCACGCCCACUGACCCCCGCUGGCGCCCGCAUCACCGCCUCCGGACUGUAGAGGGAGCCGUGGAGAGCCUGCUGGAGGACAGAGCAGGAGGAGAAGAAGAAACUCUGCUACCAAAAGAGCAGGAGUCCUACAGAGAGUCUGAUCAGAGCAUAGCACAGCAGGAGUCCUACAGAGAGUCUGAUCAGAGCAUAGCACAGCAGGAGUCCUACAGAGAGUCUGAUCAGAGCAUAGCGGAGCAGGAGUCCUACUGA